AUGUCCUCGACCAACAAGAUCCCGGAGGACAGAUCAACUUCACCACCGACUACAGGCGACGCACCGGAUGCCCAGGUCAACCCUCAAGAAGUUGUGCAGCAACCUUCGCCAGAUCCGCAGACCCGUGACGACAUAGACGAACCGCGGAAAGCAGAACAAGGAGAGGGAAUCGAGGCACUAGAACACAUCAUCGGCCUUCGCAACGAUCGCCUUGUGUCCAUGAACAGCAUGAUGGCGGAAUUGAACGAACUGGUCAGCUACAUCUACAAGCACACAUGCUCCAAUGCGAUCCUCCAAGGGCACCAAGAUGUGCGACUCGCUGCCCUCAGAGCCGACUCGGCCAGAUCCACCAUGGACAACAUGGUACAAGGACACACCAGCUCCAUACGCCAGAUCCACCAAAAGAUCACUGAGAUCCAGAGAGAACAAGCGGCACAAACAAGCCGUCUCCGACAGCAUUGA